CCUGUCUCUCCACUCCUCUCCUCAUAUUUAUGCAUUAGGCGUUUCUGCAGUGAGCCGCUGGAUAUUGAUGUCUUUUAAGGAGGUGUCCCCAGUCCUCCCCUCCUCUCCCUCUCUCUCUCUCUGUCCUCGCCUCCUCCUCCUUAGUGCUGCUGAUCCGCUCAGACGCGCUGCGCGUUCAGACUUGUUCAGACCCAGAUGGCCUCCAACCAUAACCCGACGACCAGCUCCGGCUUCCUGCUCCCCUAGCGAAGGCAGGACCUCCUAGAGCCUGCUCCUGGAAUACCGCAUUGUUUUUAUAAUCUAAGAGAGAGAAGAGAAGAGGUGAUGGUGCUGAUGAUGCGCCCUCCAUGGUGGAUUUCCCUUUUGUGCGUCUGUGGAUUGAUGCACGUCGCUCACCAGAGCAGCCCUGAUGCACAAAAUGGAGACGCCUCGUCGAGCUUGAAGGCUCUUCGUGAUGCAGGCAGGUUGGUCUGGAAGGAGGACACGGUGCCUCUCCGGCUGCUCUACAGCAGACACAACCACAGCCAGAUCACCGAGGAUCAGCUCAGCACCCGGGUGAAAGCUCCCAGCUCCGGAUCCACACAGGUGAACCAUGUGGCACAAGCAAGCUUUCAAGUCGACGCUUUUGGCAGAAAAUUCAUCUUGGAUGUGGAGCUGAAUCAUGAUCUGCUGUCUUCAUGCUACGUGGAGAGGCAUUUGUCAGAAAAAGGGAAGACUGUCGUCACCAAUGGUGGAGAGCACUGCUACUAUCAGGGCAAGGUCAGAGACGUCCCUCGCUCCUUCGUGGCCGUCUCAACCUGUCACGGAUUGCAUGGGAUGUUUUUCGAUGGCAAUCACACCUACAUGAUUGAACCUGGAGGACAGGGCAGCAGCAAUGGAGAUGUCCGCAUUCACAUGAUUUAUAAAUCUGCAGUACAUGAGGGACUUAAUGAUCUCCUCGAUGGUGAUCUUCCAGAGCCGCCUUUUCCCAGCCCUCCUUUUCCCGGGUCAAAGGUCAUUCACAGGAGAAAAAAGAGACAGGCUCCACAUGUGACACACAGUGUAGAGGAUGAGACCAAAUACAUUGAGUUGAUGGUGAUGAAUGACCAUUUAAUGUACAAGAAGCAUCGGCUUUCUGUUGGGCACACGAAUAACUAUGCUAAGUCAGUGGUCAAUAUGGCUGACAUGAUUUUCAAGGAACAGCUCAAUACUCGCAUAGUGCUGGUUGCCAUGGAAACGUGGUCAGCCGACAACAAGUUCAACAUCGACGACGACCCCAUGGUGACGCUGAAGGAGUUCAUGAAGUAUCGAAAGGACUUCAUCAAGGAGAAAUGCGACUCCGUUCACCUCUUCUCAGGGAACCGUUUCCAUAGCAGCUGGGGAGGAGCUUCCUAUAUGGGAGGCGUUUGCUCCCUGACUAAAGGAGGGGGAGUCAAUGAGUACGGGAAAACAGAUGAGAUGGCCAUAACCCUCGCUCAGUCUCUUGGACAGAACAUUGGCAUCUUCUCUGACAAGAAGAGGAUCCUAAAUGGCGAAUGCAAGUGUGAAGAUCGUUGGUCGGGCUGUAUCAUGGAUGAUGUUGGUUUCUACCUGCCUAAGAGGUUCUCCGACUGCAACGUGGAGGAGUUCCAUAACUUCCUAAACAGCGGUGGAGGAGCCUGUCUGUUCAACAAACCUCUGAAGCUGUUGGACCCUCCGGAGUGUGGAAAUGGCUUCGUGGAGCCAGGAGAGGAGUGUGACUGUGGCAGCCCUGUGGAGUGUGCCAGAGAGGGGGAGGCCUGCUGUGACAAAUGUACCCUGACCCAAGGCUCCAAGUGUAGCAACGGACUCUGCUGCAAGAGCUGCCAGAUGGAAUUCAUGGGAGUUGUGUGCAGAGAUGCAGUGAACGACUGCGACAUCCCAGAAAACUGCACAGGCAACUCCAGCCAGUGUCCACCAAAUGUGCACAAGAUGGAUGGCUACUCGUGUGAAAAAGACCAGGGUCGCUGCUUCACUGGAAAGUGCAAAACCAAAGACAGACAGUGCAAGUACAUUUGGGGAGAGAAGGCAACAGCGGCAGACAAGUUCUGUUACGAGAAGUUAAACAUCGAAGGGACGGAGAAAGGCAACUGUGGGAAGGACAAGGACACCUGGAUCCAGUGUAACAAACAGGAUGUUCAUUGUGGGUACCUGCUGUGCUCAAACAUCUCACCUGCCCCGCGACUUGGAGAGCUGCACGGAGGGUUGACCUCCUUCUCAGUAGCCCGGCACAGUGCUUCUCUUGACUGCAGCGGUGCUCACGUGAUGAUCGACGGAGACACUGACCUGGGAUACGUCGAGGAUGGGACGGCCUGCGGAGCGGACCACAUCUGUUUCAAUCACAAAUGUCUCCCCAUCCAACAGUUCAACUUCAGCACAUGCCCCGGGACCACCGACAAGACCGUCUGCUCCGGACACGGGGUGUGCAGUAGUGAGCUGAAGUGUGUGUGUUUCCUGGGCUGGGCAGGAGAAGACUGUAACUCCACGUCUCCACUCAGUUAUCUCGUGGUCGGACCCACUGCCUCAGUUUCAGGUAUCACCAGUACCAACAUCAUCAUCGGGGCCAUCACAGGCUCCAUCCUCGUCCUCGCCCUCAUACUGGCUGCUACAGCCUGGUGUUACAAGAGCUACAAGCAGAGACGCUAUGUUGAGUCUGAAGUUCACCGAAGAUUCUGCCGGCAAAUGCCCCCAGGUGACUAUGUCACAAAGCCUGGGGAUGCAGACUCAUUUUACAGUGACAUGCCUCCGGGCGUCAGCACAAACUCCGGCUGCAGCUCCAAGAAGAGGUCAGCCUGCCUGUCGCACCUGCAGAUUUGCACCUUGUCCUUCACUCCAUCCUUCCCAUCCAUUUCUCAGAACAUCUCAGUGUUUGGCUUCAGAUCUAAUGGACUAUCCCACUCAUGGAGCGAGAGAAUCCCAGAUGCCAAACACAUCUCUGACAUCUGUGAAAACGGGCGACCGAGGAGCAACUCGUGGCAAGGAAAUCUAAGCGGAAAUCGUAAGAAACUGAAAGGAAAGAAGUUUCGUGCUCGCUCCAACUCCACAGAGUAUUUAACCCCUCGCUUCAAAGAGUUUUAUGAUGUAACUAAAUGGGUAGAAGAUGUGAAUAGAAACACUGAAGAACCUUGCCUUAGGACGCUAUCCCCUGCCAAGUCUCCCACUUCCUCUACAGGAUCUAUUGCAUCCAGCAGGAGAUACCCGUACCCCAUGCCCCCUCUACCCGAUGACCAGAGGAAAGCCAACAGGCAGAGCGCCAGGCUGUGGGAGACUUCAAUAUAACAGCCUUCUUACCCACUCAGACCUCGAGGAACUACACUCGUCUCUUCUUUUCUAUGAAUGAAAAACACAAAAAUGAAACAAAAUUGACUCUAAGCGAUUUAAGAGAAAGCGAGAGAGCGCCCCCCACCGGAGUGGAAAUAGGCAAAGGUGUGUGUGAGUGAGUGUGUACAAGCAUCUCCGAGGCUGUCUUUCCAGACGGCGUCAUUCAGCGGAUCUCUACAAGGCGAUGCAGAGUGCCGAGAAACCAGCUCCACAUCCACUCCAGACCAGCUGGAGCUCAGACUGAGCUGUUCCUGUCUGCUCAGGCCUCAUCUAUGGGACUGGAAACCCCCUCCACUCCGACCCCCCCUUACUUGUCCUUAAACCUCAACACUACAUCCUCUCUCCAACGCACAUUACACUGCAUCUCUGGAUUUGUUGGAUCAUUUUUGACGCACGUGAAUCACUGUAGAAACUCCAACACUGUAUGCAUGAGACAACCCUGAUUAUCAGCAACCUCCUCCAACUGAACAGACGAGAAGAACAGUGGUCCGAUCUGAGAGGAAAGCAUGCGAGGGGGCAGUGAUUUUAAUACCUUCUGUAGGCUUAGAUGCUUUCUCUCCACUGUAGGUAACCCAUAUUGUAUCACCAGUUAUAGCCCAUAACCCAUGACAUGGACCCAACCCGACCCCACCCUGCUCCUCUUCCCCUCGGCUCGUUUGUGCGUGUGUAAAUAUGUACAGCAAAAAUACACACAGAGUAUGUUUUUUGCUCUUAUUUUGAAAGAGGAACAGAUUGAGACGUCUCUUCCUGCCGUAUUGUGUUGUAGACAGAAGCGGAUCUCUGUAGAUAAGCGUUAGAGACCCCGCACUCGUUUCUUCUGUCUGUGUUUCUAUUUUUCGUCCUCGUUUUUUUUCCUCCUUCUGGCUUUUUUCCUGUGUGACUGUGACCUCUAUAGCUUUCUUCAUCCACAGCAGAAUGUAAAAGUGUUUUUAUAUUAUCUUAGCACUGGUUUUCAUCCAUCUCUGGGAGAAAUACACAGACAUCCAGUAAUGAAAAAAGGAAGUAUUGAUUAAGAUGUUGAUUGUGGCACAUUGAGAGUAUUGCUGGAAGCGGCUGUUGAUGAGUAUUAUUUAGGAAAAGUUAAAUAGUUUUAUGUGCCAUUCCUGAGUGAAAUGAAUGGGAUGUGUUUGGUGUAGUUAUAGACGUUUCACUCAUGGUGGUUUUUGGAAAUUCCCCAUUGAUAAGAUGUGUUUAGUUCCCCCUGAUUCUACAUUUGGGUAUUUUGAGAGUGUGCUCCCCAUUUCCACAAUGAGAAGCAAGAAGUCGCUUAGAUAAAUAUGAGAAUAAGAAUAACGUGAGAGCGGUUGAUGACCCGACUCGGGCGAGGAAAUCUGGAAAACUGUGAUUGAAAAUGUGCAUUUUGGAUUUAGCUGUGAUGAUUGAGAUAUUUAGCCUUGUAAAUGAUUAACUAUGCUGUACAGUGCUUGCUGUUUGAGCUUGUGAAGACCAACAGCAUGACAGUUCUAUAAUCAAAUUAAGUUAUUUCUCUGGUAGGCUAUUUGUGAGACCAUAACAGGAAACGAGCAUGUCACUGAGAGACUUUUCCCCCUCAUUGCUUAAUUGCUGUUGUCUCAAUGGGUUCGUGUACCACAGAUUACACUGUUUGCAGGCAAAGUUGGGACAAUUCAUGGCAGGAAGUUGCAGGGUUUCAAAAUGAUUGAGUUUUGUGCUGAUGUCAUGCCAGUGUAGCUAUUCAAGGUGGAUUAUUUUGGAUCCCAUAUCACUCCCCAAAAGCAUUUGUACAGUUACAACUCGUUGCUCUACCUUGUGUAGAAAUUGUUGUCUUAAGGCCUCCUUUUUGUCAUCUUACUGUUGUUUAGUUUGUUCCGGUGUGGGCACUUGUUCAUUUGUAAUUCAUGUAUGCAUUAGGACUGUAUAGGUAAAACGAUCUUCACAAUAUUGGACUAAUAUUGCUACUAGUAUCUUUUUUAUUAAGUACCUUUGUAACGUUCACUUUUUUCUCAGCGUUAUGUACAGCAACGAUUCAAACUGUAAUUAAGUGCAUUAUUGUAAUUAUGUGUGUUGAUGAGUUCGAAUGGAGACAGUUUUUUGAAUCACAUUUGUCCCGAAGGCCAAUAGAAGCGGCCGUUCCUCUGGCAUGUGCUAAUCUGUAUCAUAUAAGGUUUGGACACACAUAACGUUGUAAAUGAGAUCUGUGUGGGCUCGUGAUUUGCCUUCUACCAGAGCUGUCUUCUUUGCUCUGGUCUUCUUAAAGUAUUGGUCAGUGUCUAGUGGCCCAGUCAUCUUCCUGGGCUACCAAAGGCUGCGGAGAGCAUCGUCUCAGAGCUCUUGAAUAAUAUUUCUAACAUCAUAAUACUGUGCUACAGCGAGACAUUUGUCCUGGUGUUAUGGACGUUGCACUGUACUACAGUCUGAGGACUCUCCGCUGAGGAUGGGACCACGCAGGCGGCAGUGAUUUCUGUCAAUCCUCCAAACAUAUCUGCUGUAUCUGCCUGCGCACGAUUGGAGUGACAGAUCCUAACAGGACAAAACGUGGCAAAACGUCCCCACAGAUGAGCUGUCUGUCUCUGUCUGGCCAGAGACUUGAAUGUAUUCGUGUACCACCCAGUCUCAACCAUGUGGUCCCAUCCUGCCAGACACAUCAGCACUCUGCUGCAGGAACCUUGAAAACCCCCCACAUGUACUAGUUCAACUCUAAAUACUGCAGUUGCUGUUUUUUUUUAAUCUUUAUUUUUUAUUUUUGCCUGUAUGCUGUACAGACUGAUGAUGCAAAAAUCAACCCCCAUAUUUUUUUUUUUCCUCUUAAUCAUCCAGUAUUGUAAUAUAUUUAAUAUAAAAUAAAACUUUCAUCAACA